AUGGAAGACCACGAGCGGCCAACGAGCCCGAGCCCGAGCCCGAGCCCGAGCGCGAGCACAAACGGAGCGAGCAGCGAUGAUCGUCUACCGCCACUCGCAUCGACGAUGUUCAAGUCGAGCUGGGACAAUGCGUCCAUUCGAGCAUCCAGCAUCAAGGAAAAGGAAAAGGAAAAGGAUAGAAAAAAGAGCUUUUCCUUACCGCGAGCUGGUCACUUUCCCAUCCUGGGAGAGAAGCACCUCAUCACGGUGAUGGGAGCCAAGACGGUGAUCCCGAGCAAGGAGCGCAAGAACAAUGCCCUCAUUGGGCAUGUUGCGCCCGAAUUCCGCCUCAAAGACCAAAAGGAGCGAUGGACGGUGAGCAGGGCGUGACGUGACGUGGUGUGGUGCUGCAGCAGUGACGCUACCUCUAGGCGCAGCUGACGUCUCUCGCACCGGUGGUUCAAGUCGCUGCACACCACUCUUACGCUCGGUCGCCCAGUCAUCGUUUUGUGAGUUCGCGUCGUCGUCUCAGUCAAGCGGGAUCUAUCGACGCAGGGCUCUCAUGCCAUCAUGUCGGGCCACACUUGCACAGCUUCUUUCCACUGGCAGGCACGCCACACUGUACCACCGAAUCGUGCAUGUUUCGAGACGCUUUGAUGGCCACGCCAGUCUUUCAUCAGACCAGAGCCAUCGUCAUUGGCAUCUCGCAAGACCCGCCUGCAAGAUCUUCGCGCUUUGUGCAGGAGCACAAGCUAACGUACCGCGUCUUGUACGAUGAGGGCAGACGCGUGAUGAACAGGUGGGGAGUCAGCAAGGCCAUGCUGGGCUUGGCGGAUAGCAGGUGCACCUUCGUCGUCGACCCCUCCGGCGUCGUCAGGGGCAUGUGAGUCGAAAGCGUAGGCGAUUGCGGUCGAUCGAAAGCACACUUGCUGCAGACAGCUGACUUUGUGCCAUCAUCACAGGGCCGAGGGAGUGUUCGACUCUGCUGGACACAUCAAGUACGCUGAACGCUGGCUGACCAGGAUUGAGCACGAGCUGAGCAGCCGCAAGCGCCACGAGCAGUGGAUUCCGCUCGGCGAGAUCCCAGGGCAGGGCGACGUUGCUGCCAAACGAGCUUCAAAGACGAUUCGGGAAAAUCUCGACGCGGAUCCGAGCAACCCUUCGCCAGCCGACGUGGGCUGGGAAGGCGCAGACACGCCUCUCAUUCCGCCACCUGAAUGGCGCGCUGCCGAGCGUCGCCGUAGACGAGAUUCUGGUGACUUGGACGUCGAUGAGGAGCAAGAGGAUGCCAUUUUGCCUCGCGACGACGCUGAGGCUGCACGUCGGGAUCUCGGUGCCGAGGAUCCGCUCGUCUCCGCAUCGACGGGAUCAAGGAUCGUCUCAAGUUCUGGCUUGAAGCAUCUCAAGAUCUUGUACGGUCCACCAGGCUCUGUCUUGGCGGGUGGUAUCGGCGACGCGCCGCGGUAUGGCGCCAUGCCUGCCACUGCCAAGCCUAGUGUCGAGCUGAACGGUCGCUCACUCGGAGAGGCCUUUGGAACCUCAUCCGAUCUCAGCAGGUACAUGUCGCCGCCUGAUCAAGUUGCCGAAGCCGUAGCGCCGCCAUCGCAGGCCGAGGAGGAGCAGGAACAGCUGCUGACCCACAUUGACGCACACGGGGAGGACAACGUCCUGGCAGCCAUCGACAGCACAUCCGAUCUCACUCGCUCAGAGUCUUCGUCAGUCGCUGUAUAUCGCCCAAUCAGUCGAGGAGGCAGUAGCUUCAUUCCCAGCAACCAGUACAAACCCCGACAGCCAAAGCCUUCGCCUUCUGCUGCACCAGAGAGACCGCCGAUUGCCCGCAACAAGUCCGAGAGCGAGUCAAUUUCGUCUCUCAACUCCAUGGGCGCUUUCGGAUUCAAGCACUUUAUCUCACAACUCUCAAGUGCGGACAAUGAGCCUCCGCCUCUGGCAUCGCUGUUCAAGCUAUCAAGACCGGGCGCGUCGGAACCCUUGGCGGCGGGCGAAGAGCCUUCGGUUGCUUCGCCGGCCACCGGUACCUUUUCUUCUCGCUUCCGAAAACAGAAGCAGUCCUCGCAAGCAAGCGAGGCGGUGGAGGAGGAAGCAGCACAGGGCAAGACUGCAAGCAGCAGCGCCUCGAUCCGCUCCAAGUCUUCGACACGCAACAAGCUCAAGUCGGCUGCUGCUGCCAUGCUGGCUGCGAGGAAGCCGCGCGCGCGCGGCGAUGCACCUGCCAUACCCCCUACUUAUGCCAACAUAGAUACGCAAGAGGAAGAGUUUGGCGAGAUAGAUGACGCUGUGAGCGUGUACGACAGUGCUAGCACGACGCGGGACGGCGCUUCGAGCGUCGUUCACGACCCAGACUCUAGCUGGACGCACCACUCGCCGGCUGGCGCAACGUCCCGCUCUUCCGACACUGGACAUACCCGCUCUCUCAGGUCGAGACGGUCCAGCGCGCGAUUGCAAAACGAGGUGGUGAUGAAGAAGCAAGAAGAGAGAUUUGGCACGCAGGACGUUGUGCCUCCUCUUCCCGUCGGCUGGACAAAGACCGAAAGCGCUUCGUCGUCACCGUCGCCCCAUUUGCGCAGCACCGGUGUUGGCUCGCAGAUCCCUCUUGGAGGCGGCAUGACGCCGACGUCGUCGUCCGGGCGUCGUUUGGUAGAUGCGCUCUCCUCGCCUCGCACCCCUGCUCGCGAGUCCACCGAAUCGCCGAGCAGCUUUGAGACUGCUGCCGAUAUCGCAGGCCCCGCGGUGGGCUCACCUGCAGCCCCGCCGAGCGCAAACGGUGCAAUCUCGCCGACAAGUCGUUCGAUUCCGGCAAGAGGCAUGCAACUCAGCGAUCCUCCUCGGUCCUCUGACGCCGCAAGUAGGAACGAAAAGGCCGCACCAAAAGGCGCAGCGGCGCUGGUGGCCGCCUCCACUAGUAGUGAUUCGCCUCUCACUAGUGCAAUGAUGCGCAGUAUUUCUUCACAGCAGCCUAAACCGCCCGCUUCACGUACGAGUCUAAGACGAACCCCAGCCAAGAGGCGUACAUUGGACCUUUCCAAUGGACGUCCUGCUCCUGCCGAUGUGCCGCAAGACGAAGCGGCGGACGAUGCAGGCUCGACGGCUUCGAGACGUUCGACGAUCGAAGACGAUGCCGACGAGUCGGAAGAGUACAUUAGAGUCAACGAAGAUGGCAAAGUUGACCUCGUCGGACCCAAAGAGCCGCACGCCUCGAGACCGACGACGCCACAGGGUCAGGCACCUCCUCCCGCAUUUGGCUCCUCUAAAAUGAGUCCUGGCAGCUCCAUUACCGGCGGCCCAGGUAUGUUCGGUGGCCUCGUGGAGGAGCUGGACAACGCGGGACCACAAGAGGUUGCGCGUAGCAAAACAAAAGCAACCGGCGGCUUCAACAAUCCACUAACGGCAGCGCUGCAAGCGGCCAGCGAAAGCGCUCAGAAUCGUCGACGAUCUAGCGCCUUGGCUGGUCAGCAGAAAAGAACAGCGCAACAGGAAGCGCAAAGCGAGGACACUGACUCCACAUCCCACAAACGCAACGACUCUGCGUCAUCGGCAGGCACGGAACACGGGACGCCACCGAUCCCUCAGCGUGCCUCGUCCAGACCAGCUAGUCGCGAUAGCACUAGCGACGGGGCGCUUGCGAGUGAUGCGCAGCAGCGACAAAUGAUUUCGCCGCUCUUUGGACGUAUGUUGGAGGAGCAAUCUCGCGCUUCUCCGCCAGGCGUCAAGAAGAAUGUCAUGCGGCAACAGCACGCACCUCAUCGUCGCAUCCCUACAGGCUCGACCGACAGCAGCUCCGAGGCUGCGUGGACGUCGUUUGGAGGGGCAGCCUCGACUGCAUCGGAUGGCGGCGGUUUCAAGACGCCGCUGGAUCAUACGCCUACCGGUACGCCCAGCCACUCUAGAAGACCGAGCCAGAGUCAGAGCCAAUCGCCAAGCUUGAGCGGCACGCCACAAUUGAUCGCAAAGUCUUCCCUUUGGAGCACGGGCAGCAACACCCGGCAGCGUAGUCCGCCAAGCAUACCACCGCCACCGCCACCGCCACCGCCACCGCUCUCUUCCUCGGGCAGCGAAGCAAAUGCAAAGGAGGAAAGAGCCGCUGCCGCAGCAACGGGCUGGGCCAGUCAUCCCUUUGCGAGCGUCUUGGGAUCCUCCAAUCAAAGCGAAGCCUCGUCGAAAGAUUCUGCAAUGCGGCACUCCACAAGCGACCGCGGCGCGCCGAGCACCAAGAGUGCGAGCCCGAUGGAUCGUCCAGAAAGCUUUCUAGAUGCCUCCGACGACGACGAGUCUUGGCAGGAGAGCGAAGAUGGCGUAGGAGAGCUCUCUUCGCUGAAAGCUGGCAAGCACAGCAGGAACGGCAGCGCAACCAGCAUGCAAAAACACACUCGAGAUUCAAACGCUCUCGCCUCACCUGAAGAUCGCAGACCUAGCGUCGCGAGCAUUCAAAGCAGCGGAACAUUUGGUGCUCCUUGA